AUGGCCGAGCGUGACCAGUUCGUCGGCUGUGACGAGCCCGCCUCCCAGGACGUCCAUGCCUCGCUGGAAGGUGGUGAGCGUGAAGCCUUGCCCAAGCGUGCCAAGGCUUCGGACACCGACGUGGAGAACCUCGAAACAGACAUCGACAACACGAAGGCUCAUACUCUCCAGUCCCUCGCAUCCGUGCAGAAGAGCCUCGCGGACGUCGGCACUUCCUGCAACUCCCAUUGCUCGUCCCUCGAGACCCAGGUGGAGCGCAGGCUCGGUCAAGUGCACGCCGAAGUUCGUGAGCAGAGUGAGAAGACAUCCGGCCUACAGGGUUACAUCCAG